AUGGCAACAGCGCCAGCAGAAGAGCCGACUUGGGAGCUGGCGCCGACUCCCAAUUUAAUCUCUCCUUUAACUGUAGGGGUUGAAGUUAACAAGGGAUCCAAGGAGCACGCCAGGCAGCAUAUCCACUUCUACCUUGACGACAAAAGGGCUGGCGAUGACUUCGCUUCAUUUUCAUUUCCAUCGUUGUUACUAACUCAUGGGUCGUCCAGUUUGACACCCCAAAAGUGUCGAAGCCUAUUGCCAUCGCUGGAACGAGGCCCUCAGGCAAGGAAAACAGAUAGGAACGAUAGAAAGGAUAUGUCCAGACUGCCCAUCCCAACCUGA